AUGAAUAAUGACAACAGUAGAAGCAAUAUUGAACUCUUUGAUCGACUCAUUCGGCUCCACGGACACUGUCAGCUCCUGGACAGGAAGAAGAGAAAAAUCGAGCAGCCGGGCGAGACGCCGAGGGAGGAAGAAGAAAAGCGGCCGAGCCACCCAGGCAUCGUUCUUGGAGCGGUGGCCUCUCCGCGAGCGGUCCCAACCAGGAUGUACCGCACGCCUCAACCCGUCGGCGGUUACGGGCAGCCGAUGGCCCUCCAGAGGCGCGCCAGCAUGACGCCAAUGGCCGUGAUGUCACCGGGUGGCCCUAUGUCGCCGACCCUGGCGGAAAAAGUGCGCAUGGCCGCUAUACAGCAGCGCAAGCAGUACGCGCGCACGCCCGCGGAGCGGCUACUGCUCAAGUGGGUCAUCUGCUGGGUGCUUUUCGCCGCCGUGGCGACUACCUUCAUGCUCUGGUACCUGUUCAAGCUGAGUGAGAAACCCGUCGUGACGGACACCAUGAGCCGCCUGCUCAGCAUCCACGACCAGAUCUCCACCGAGAAGUACCACCAGCACGACCGGAUCUACAAGGCCAUCAUGUACAACAUCACAGCGAGGGGCAUCAGGAACCAGUUUUAUAACUUGACCGCAAAAAACGCCGGUGGAAUGGACCUCAUAAGAUCAGUGGCUAAGUACUGGAAAGACAUUGGCAUGGAUGUGGUGAAGGAGCCCAUGUACAUGGUCCUCACGAGUCGAGCCAACACUUCGAUGGAAAACAAGGUGGUGCUGUACAAGGGCAACCAGCUGCUUCUAACGUGUGCCUCCAGAGAUUCCAUGGUGCUAGCGGGAAAGACGUACAUCCCCCCUGCAUACUUGGCCUAUGCGGCAAGCGGUACAGGCAAGGGACCCGUAGUAUACGUUAACUACGGCAGAAUUCAAGACUACAACUUCUUCGGGACUACGGACCUGCACAGCAAAGUUAUCAUAGUCCGGUCUGGGAAGAUAACCAGUGGACAAAAGGUGCGUAACGCAGAACGGGUAGGCGCCGCAGCUGUGGUGAUCUUCCCCGACGCCAGCGACCUGGCGCCGCGAGGAGACACCCAACCCUUCCCCGACUCGAUAUGGAUAAGUGGCAGCGCCAUUCAGCGAGGAAGUGCCGCCUACAUGCGGGGAGACCCCUUGACACCCGGAUACCCGGCCGUCGAUGCACUCUAUCGCACCAUGGUCGACGAUGCCGAGAUGACGCUGACUAUUGCACAGCCGAUCAGCUACGACGAUGCAAGAAGCAUCCUGAAGGAACUAGACGGGACGCCGUGCCCAGACAGCUGGGAUCCCAUGCUCGGAAUCCCAUGCUUCGUCAAUGCUACUAAGCCUGAUGUCGACUUCGUAACAGAAACAUUCACGUUCAGAUUGCAGGUGAUGGUACACAACGAGAUGAUCUUCCGACCCAUCCUCAAUGUUAUUGGCAUUAUCAGAGGCAAAGUGGAACCAGAUCGGUUUGUGAUGAUAGGAAGCCAGACUCACGACGACACACGCGGCUCGGCGCACCCACUUUUGUCGGUGACCGAGUUGCUGGUGCAGAGCAAGGUGUUCUGCCACAUGCACAAGCACCAUCGCUGGACGCCCCGGCGAAGCCUGAUGUUCGCGCUCUUCUACAGCGAAGAGGGAAGCCUCAUGGGCUCCACCGAAUGGGUCGAGGAGCACAUGGCCGCGCUGCAGGGCAGCGGCGUCCUCUUCAUCACCGGCGGCUUGCUCAGCGGAGACAAGUUCUCGCCACGGGCCACGCCUGGCCUAUCGUGGUCGCUGCGUCAUGUUGCCGACCUGGUGAGGGCCAACGACACAAUGACGCUGUUGGGUGAAUGGGAGCAGGACAAAGGCGCAUCAGCGAACAUGGCUGUAGCGUUGCCGCCGAUGGGACUCGCGGAUGAAGCGGCGUUUACAUUCGGAGCUGGAGUUCCGUCAGUUUUCUUCCACUUUUCGCACCGGCAUUCGGCGGACACCUUGUACCCGGCCCAGGGAACAGCCUACGACUCGUACACGCUGGUGGAACGAUUGGUGGACCCCAGGUUUCGCAGUAGUCGCAUGCAGGCGCAGGCGUCAGCACUGCUGGCUCGCCUCUGGGCCGACCGUACGUUCCUGCCGAUGGAUGUACUCGAGCUGGCCGAGUGGAUCAGCUUCCGUACCAAGGACUUCUCGAACUACCACAAAGCGCUCAUCGAAAAAGAACAGCUGAGGCUCGCGCCUGUCCAGCAAGCCGCGGAUCAGUUUGUCGAGUCUGCGCGCGAGUUUAUGAACUGGACUCAGAAAAUCAGGCAGGAUCACCCCAUGUACGCCCGCAUCUACAACGACAUCGUUAUCCGGCUCCCGAAGGUCUUCAUCACUCCUCAUGGUAUCCCUACUCGACACAUCACGCACAAGAACCUACUGUUCUCGCCGGAGGGGCUCCCCUUCCCCGGCCUCCAGGACCUCAUCCGCCAGCGGCCCGUUAACCCGGACGCCUUCGGUCACAUGGUGGCACUCAUCACCGAGAGCAUCAUCCAGGCUACAGAACUCCUACACUUUUCACCCAUAGCGUGACAAUAAAUUCACAGUGCUCCGCCCUUUU